UCCAAUCAGGAAGGAACAGCCGAGCUGCUUUGGCUCGCUAGUAUUUUAGUUGACUAUUUCUAUUUCUGUUGGAUCGCCCGGUAUUCCAGCCUUGUACUCACACACACACACGGAUACACUCUCUCACAGCCCCGGACCGCGUCCCGGUAAACAAGAUGUCUAAGAAGAGGGGAGGUUCAUCGCGGGAGGAAGACUCGGUACCUUUGGCUGAAGCCGAAACGAAGACGCCGAUGGAAAUAUCAACUGUCAAAACGGGUUCUACGCGUGUGUCUCUCCUGAUCCUGGUCGGCAUCUUCGUCUCGUCCGCCUCCCUCAUGUACCUCGUGUACCGAAACUUCCCCACGCUCAGCACGGAUGAGAUGUCCAAGAUGAAGAUCCCGAAGGACAUGGAGGACGCCAAAGCUCUGGGCACCGUGCUGUCCAAAUAUAAAGACACUUACUACAGCCAAGUACACAUACUACUGCUGGCAUACUUUACUACUUACAUCUUUCUGCAGACGUUUGCGAUUCCCGGCUCCAUCUUCCUCAGCAUCCUCUCUGGAUACCUGUACCCAUUCCCCCUCGCACUCUUCCUCGUCUGCCUGUGUUCAGGUCUGGGUGCCUCCUUCUGCUACCUGCUGUCCUACCUGGUGGGUCGUCCCGUCGUCCACAAGUACCUCACAGAGCGCGUGCAGAAGUGGUCGCAACAGGUGGAUCGCCAUAGAGACCACCUGAUCAACUACAUCAUAUUUCUGCGCAUCACUCCUUUCCUGCCCAACUGGUUUAUCAACAUCACGUCUCCAGUCAUCAACGUGCCCCUCGGAGUGUUCUUCAUCGGAACCUUCCUCGGCGUUGCUCCUCCCUCCUUCGUGGCCAUCAAGGCUGGCACUACUCUCUAUGCGUUGACUACGGCUGGUGAAGCCGUCAGCUGGUCAUCUCUACUCGUAUUGGCUGCUCUGGCCGUCUUGUCCCUCCUCCCUGUUCUCCUCCAAUCACGGCUCAAGGAGAAGAUGCAGUAGAGACGCCUCAUUGGACCAGACCGCUGUCACUCACGCACGAACGCCUACUCUACUCUAACACCCUGUCACUCCAACCAAAAACUCUACACCAC